UUGUUCGUUAUAAAACUAAGAAGAUAUCACAUUCGACUAAAUUAUGAUGUGUAAAAUAUUUAACAUAUACGAACGAUUAUGUUUUAAAAAAACCUGUUGGACCGCGUUGUGAAAAUUUCAUUGGACACACGUGGUCACGCAGAGGCGUGGCUUUACGUGAUCACGUUAGAUUCGGGUUGGCCUUCGUCGAGCCUCAUUUUUCAUUGAUUUAAAGAGUACGAAGAAAGCAAAAGUUUGCAUUCGGCUUGCGUGAGUUGUAUUUUAGCUGUAUUUUGUUUUGUGGUGCGCGUGAGGAGCGUCUAUCUCGUGUUUUCUCCUUGUCCAUUGUGUGGCCGACAUGGGUAAGAAGCAAGCAAACAAAUCUAAGAAAGAUGUUCCAGAGCCUGAAGAGUUUGUGGUGGAGAAAGUGAUUGACCAGCGAGUGGUCAAUGGGAAAGUUGAGUUUUUCCUUAAGUGGAAAGGCUUUACAGAGGCCGAUAACACCUGGGAGCCUGAAGAGAAUUUGGACUGCCCUGAACUGAUUGCAGCCUUUCUAGAAUCUCAGAAAGGGGUGGUCGAGAACCCAGACUCCAAUAAAAGAAAAGCCUCCACUGGCUCUGAACCAGAAACAGAAGAGAGUAAGGCCAAGAAAAAGAAGGAAAUGCCUGAAAAGCCAAGAGGGUUUGCAAGAAACCUGGACCCGGAGAGGAUCAUUGGUGCGACUGACAGCAGUGGGGAGCUCAUGUUCCUGAUGAAGUGGAAGGACUCUGAUGAGGCAGACCUGGUGCCUGCGCGAGAGGCCAACACUCGGUGUCCACAAAUAGUUAUCGCCUUUUAUGAGGAAAGAUUGACUUGGCAUUCUUGUCCAGAGGAUGAGCAACAAUAGCAUCCCACAUCUUGCUAAACGCUGUCUUCCACUUGUACAUUGUGUUCUCUUCUUUUGUUAAACUGAUAGUGGAGGAUAGUUUUAAAUAUUAAAUGCUCUGGAUGCUAUGUGCAUGACUGUUGAGCCAGUGAAACGAUCUAGAAGGUUGGGUGAUGAAUGUGUUUUUAAAUUUUAAAUAGUUUGCUUAGACUCUUCAUUUGGACUGUCAUCAGUGCUGUCUUACAAUGCCCUGAUUUGUUUGCCUUCAUCUUGAUUGUAAUCAUAUAGAGAGACAUGAAACUUAUCUCAUGUUUUCAUAGUUUCAUUAGAUGGGCAUUUAUAGUUUUUCUACCACAUAUUUGUUUACGUUAAUGUUGGAAUAGUGUCUCUUGCUGUAAAUGUUUGUGUAAAUAUUUCUUUUAGUAUAAUAAAGGUUUAUAUGCCUGCUUUUAA